AUGACAAGAAAGUAGAAACAAAUAAUGAACAGAUUUAAAAUUAUUUUGGUCAUCUUUCUAUUCAAUUUAAGAAUUUAAUCAACAACUUGCGAUAUUUAAGUUUAUAAAAGAGCUGAUGACACUGCUUUUCCUUUAAGCUCGUGGAAAUAUCCUAACACUAAAAUGGUAUGCAACUAAAGGGAUUCUGAAUUUAACUAAGUGAUGCUAGGUAAUUACUAGCUAAGUAGAGGAAGCAUAGCUAAUACUUUAAAUGUUUCAAAUCUUCCACCACAUUUUUAGAUCAAUUUUAGAGUAGAUCUCUAUAUAAUAAAUACUUGGGAUACUGAAACAGUCUCAGUAAUAGUAAAUUCAUAAAAGCAGCCUUUAUCUGUCAUGACUUAUGAUCAUAAUAAGGCAAGGAUAAAAUGGUAAAAAGUUUGCGUGUAAGGAUAAUUGAUCAAUUAUAUGUAGAGAAAUGAAUACACACUGGCUGAUGCUAACUCUAAUUUAAGUAUUGAUUUCAAAACUAAUUGUGAUAGAAAUCCCUUAGGACUUAUUAAUAAUGGUAGUGGAUGUGAAGACAUUUCAAAUGAAUCUUUCUCUAUUGGAUAAGUUUAAGUUUUUGUUGAUGAAUGUCAUUUUUCCUGUUUAUCUUGCGUAGGUCCAUAAUAAAAUUAAUGUAAACUAUGCUUCAAUAACGUAAUUCCAACAAAUGGAGUAUGUCCAUAAUGUGUAGGAGCUAGUAGCAUAUUUGACAAUGGUAUUUGUGUUUCUUCUUGUCCUUAAAAUAAAAUAAACAAAAAUUAAGUUUGUGUUUUAAGAGAUCAAUUUUGUUUAGUUUAUCAAUAAAAUGGGUACGAUUGUCAAUAAUGCCAACCAAAUUAUUUCGUUUGGAAUGGAAUUUGUGUGGAUAAGUGUCCUUUAUUUUAUGAUUAAAAUAACAAUAUUUGCUAGGAUAUGAUAAGAAGCCUUCCAAGCGGUUUUGUGGCUCUUGAAGGUCUGUAAAUUUAGAGAUUUUCAUCUCUUCAUAUCAAAUAAUUGGGAUUUUCUAUAUAAAAUCUUAAUUCUAAUAAUAAUGGGUUCUUUUUUUUAGGUUUAAACACUAUGUAUACUAUUUGUGGAGAUAUUUAAUUGCUUGGUGGUUUUAGAUCUGAUUAUUCAUAAAAAAACCCUAUUUCAAAUAUUAUUGUAAAUCUUAAUGGAGUUUCUGUACAGCUUGCAAGUAAUCAGUACAUAAAAAAAACAUCAUUCAAUCUUUGUGGCUUUGAGUAAAAUGAUGCAUAUGGCGAAUUUAAUUAUGUAUUAGCAGAUUCUGCUACUACUGAUUUAUCUGUUAUAAUAGAUAAUUAGUCAAAUUUUGAUCUAGGUAUUAGAGAUUUCAUUGUUGGAGGUUAUUCAUGUGCAAAUACUUGUGAAAGCUGCCAUGCAGAAAAUCCUAGCUUAUGUUUAAGUUGCUAUAAUGGUUUUUAUUUACUUAAUAAUAAAUGUGUAACAGAGUGCCCUUCUGAGUAAUACUAAGAUUAGAUAAAUAAGCAAUGUGUAUCAUGCUCAUCUACUUAUCCUAAUUGCAAGAUUUGUAAUUAAAAUUCAUGCCUUUUAUGUUAAAAUUCUUACUAUUUUUCACCUACAAAUAAUUGUGUUACUUGUUCACAAACUCCUAUCAAAUAAUAUUGGAAUCCUAUAAGUAUGCAAUGUACUGAUACUUGUGAUUCAGGAUUAUAAGCAGAUGAUUAAAAUUAGGUAUGCAGAAACUAAUGUAAAGACUAGGGAUGCUUAAUUUGCAAUUAAGCUUCAUAAAAUAUUUGUUAAUAAUGUUUUUCAGGAUAUUAUUUAUACAAUGGCUCUUGUGUAUAAUCAUGUCCUUAGGGUACUUCUCUUGAUAAUAGCAGAGUUCAAUGUUUGUCAUGUAUUGAUCCACUUUGUUACACUUGUAAUUUUGAUAUUAAUAAUAUACCUAAUUGCUAGUAGUGUGUUAGUGGUAAAUAUUUAGACGCAACAAAUAUUUGUUAGCCUUGUGAUUAGUCUUGCUAGACUUGUAAUGGAGGUUAACCAAAUUAGUGCUUAUCAUGUAAUAGCUAGGAUUCUAAUAUAGUCUUAAAUUCUGACAAUACAUGCACUUGUAAAUCUGUUUACUAUUCUUUUGAGUCUUCAACAUAAAGAUGCAAACCGAUUUGUGGGGAUAAAUUCAAAACACCUGAAGAAGAGUGUGAAACAUUCGAUAGUAGCUUUGAAAAUGUAUUUGGUUGUGAUUCGAAUUGCAAAAUUGUUUCUGGAUACAAAUGUUUUCAUCAAGAUCCAUAUAUCUUAGAUAUAUGUAUUAGUUCUUUAUGCGGAGAUGGUAAGGUAGAUCCUUCAGAACAAUGUGAUGAUGGGAACAACAUUAAUGGAGAUGGGUGUUCUUUAGACUGCAAGUAAGAGACAGGAUUCAAUUGUUAAGUUCAAUCAGGAAAAUCAACAUGCAGUAGCAUAUGCGGAGAUAAUCUUGUAUCAUAGGAUGAAGAAUGUGAUAGUAAUGAUGUAGGAUGUGAUUAAUUAAAUUGUAAAAUUAAAACAAACUUUGGUUGCAGCUUCACAAAAUAUAAUGAAUAUCUUCAGACUUCUAAUUGCUUUUAAUGUGAUGACCCAUUUUGCAUGAAAUGUUCUAAAAUAGACCCUAUUCAGCAAAUAUGCCUACUCUGUAAAGAAAAUUAUUUCUAUGAUACUAAUUUGAAAAAAUGUUUGGCUUGUGAUCAAUCUUGCCAAACAUGCUUUGGAUCAUCUCCUAACUAAUGUAAGUCUUGUUUUGAUCAUAAAGACCAAAGAGUAAUUCUUGAUUAAAAUUCAAACACUUGUGUCUGUAACAGUUAAUAUUACAAAUAUGAUGCAAAUUAAUAAAUUUGUUCGCCUAUUUGUCAUGAUAUGUACAAAGCUCCUGAAGAAGAGUGUGAAAUUUAAGAUCCUUCUCUAUUUGAAAAUUCAAAAUGCGUUAACUGCAAAAUUUAAAGUGGUUAUAAAUGCUUUAGUAGCAAGGAAUUUGAUUUAGACAUAUGUACUACACUUAAAUGUGGAGAUGGUAUUAGAGAUUAAGAUGAAGAAUGUGAUGAUGGAAAUUAAAUUAAUAGCGAUGCUUGUUCACUAAACUGUAAAAUAUAGAAAGGCUAUUCAUGUAUCUAAGACAUUGGUAGCAGUAAAUUUAAAUGCUAAUCUACUUGUGGGGAUAGAAUUAAAUCGAAUGAUGAAGAAUGCGACUCAGCUGAUGUUGGAUGUUCAUCUGAUUGUAAAAUUAUUAGUAAUUAUGGAUGCUAUUUGGAAAAUAGCUUAGCUACUAACCUUGAAGUGGAAAAAUGCUUCAAGUGUUAAGACAUAAACUGCCUUAGAUGCACAAAAACAUAUAAUUCUGUUUAUAGUACAUAUGAUGAAACUUGUAGCUAAUGUUAGGAUGGUUUUUAUAUGAAUAAUAACUCAAAUAAAUGUGAAAAAUGUCAUUUUUCUUGUAAAACUUGUAGUGGGCCAACUGCAAAUAACUGCUCCAGCUGCUAUAAAAAUUCAAACGUAGUUUUAAAUAUAACUUCAAAAUAAUGUACCUGCUAAAAUAAUUAUUACAGUUAUGAUAUCACUACAAACUAAUGUAUACCAGUUUGUGGGGAUAAUCAUAAAACACCAGAAGAAGAAUGUGAAAUUAAUGAUUUGACUGCAUUCAGUAAUUCCCAAGGGUGUGUUUAAUGUAAGGUAUAACCUGGGUAUAAAUGUAUACAUGUGGAUAACAUUUAGCUUGAUGUUUGCAUGCUAUCAACUUGCUAAAAUGGAAUAUUAGACUCAGGAGAAGAAUGCGAUGAUGGAAAUUUAAUACAAUUAGACAAAUGUAGCUUAGAUUGUAAGGUAAAUAAAGGCUAUUAAUGCUCAUAAUCUUUAAGUUAAAGCGACUUAAAAUGUGAAGAAAAGUGCGGAGAUAAUAUUGCAACUCCCAGUGAAGAGUGUGAUCCUCCAGGUAUAGGCUGUAGUAAUAAUUGUUAAAUUAUGCCUGGCUAUGGAUGCUAAUAGGUUAAAGGUUAAAACAACAUGAUUAACUUUUAACCAACUUAAUGCUUUAAAUGCUAAUCAGCAAAUUGUAAUAGAUGUGAAAUUGUUAAUAAUGUAGAAAUCUGUAAAAUUUGUGAAAAUAAUUAUUUUUUAGAUACAUAAUCAAAUUAAUGUUAAAAUUGUCAUUCCUCUUGUAAUACUUGUAAAGGACCUCAAGCAGUAGAUUGUUUGUCUUGUCCUGAUGAUAAAUUUAUUUUGCUUGUGAAUGGUAGUUGCUAAAAAUGUGAUAAAUUAAUAGGAUUGUAUUUUGAUUCAUAGACAUAGAAAUGUCAAGAAUUAUGUGGAAAAGGAUAUAUGCUUACUGAUAAGCAUUUAAAGCUGUAUGGAAUAAAUAAAACAAUUGAAUGUGAUGAUAGUAAUAUUUAGGAUAACGAUGGAUGCUCUUAGAAUUGCAAGAUAGAACAUGGUUUUAAAUGUGUAAAUCCACUGAUCAAAGAUGAAAAUUUGAUAAGCUAAUCUCUUUGCACAACCUUAACUGAUGGUCCUACUCCUUUUUUGAAGCUAGAAGCACAAUACACUAGCUAAAAAAACUAUUAUCAAAUUCGAGGAGAAAUAUAUUUUGAUAGAUAAAUAUCAAUAUCAAGUACUUAAAAUAUAAUAAGUUACUUGGAUGUUGAAAACUCUCUAGACUAUGAUAUCAAAAUUUUUAAGGAGAAUUUAGUAUUAAACACUUUGAUGAUACAAAAUAUUGAACUAUAAAUUAGGGUUUAUAAACCUCUCAACAAUAUAACUGUUUUUUUAAAAUUCAAAUAAUCGGACAUUACUGACAAAUUUAAUAGUUCACUUUUAAAGAAAUCAAUCAGCUCUUAGCUUCCGCAUAUUGAUUUAUUAGCUUAAGAUAUUUAUGGAAACAAUGCUUUUACAAUCACUUUUUUGAAUUCUUUCUUGGGAUUUUUAAGCUACUUCAUGCUAUUUUUUGUACCAUUCAAUAUAAUUGUAACACUUUUUGACCUUUUGUAAUCAGUUAAUUAUCUGAAGUUCUUAAAUGUAAAUUAUCCAAAAGAACUUUAUGUUUUUUUAAAUCUCUUCAAUUUUGCUAAUUUCGAGUUUUUCCCUAAUGUAAGCGCUAAAAAUGCUGCUGUUCCUUUAACAUUUUAAAGAGAACAAGUGGACUCAUUUUUAUUUAGCAAUUUAAUACAGACUGUAAUAAUUUGGAACAAUUAAAUUUGUUGA